AUGGCCUCUUAAGCUAUUCCAAAAGAUUUGUAUACUUAUACAAAUGAUGAAAGGUUGAAUAUCGAUUUUUAUUUACAUAUAGCUUGUAGCUUAUGAUUUAUGCAAUAAAAGGAAAUCAUAUUUGUAAAGAAUAAAGAAAGAGUUUUAACUUAUGCAGAUCUACUCAACUAGGAAAGUAUGUAGAACCUGAAUUUUGUAAAGAUAAUGCAUUAUCAAUGAUUGAUUGCUUUUUAAAAGUGUAAUAUAUUGUAUUCAUUUAUAUAUUUAUAGAGAAAGAUAUACUAAAUGUAAAUAAUUCUUUUAGAAAGUAUUUGAAAUUGCAAAAAUAGGUUAGUAUGCAUAGGAAAGUUUAGAGGAUUAUUUGAAAUGUUGA